AUGUUACAGGUGGAGGAAGCGGAUGACAAGGUGGCCCUAGCCGCCUUCAUGGGAAGACUCCAAACCUCAAGAUUCCUCUUCUCUUUAUCAGAGGAACCUCCUACCAACAUGGUCGAGUUAUUGGUUCGAGCUAAAAAACAUAAGAAUGUUGAAGAUGCAAUGAUUGCGAGCAAGGGAAAAGAAGGGGAGGAUAAGAAGUCAAACAAGAAAAGGCCGGCCCUGAUGAUCAGAGAUGAAAAGGAAACCAAGUAUAAGAAACCCAUGGUCAACCAGAAUGAAAGGGCGUCUCGCUAUAAGAACGCAGAGAGGUAUACAAAUUACACUCCUUUAAAUAUGCCGAUAGAUCAAGUUUUCUUGCAGAUCCAGGAUGAGCCAUAUCUGAAGUGGCCACCGAAGUUGAAGUCAGAUCCGGCAAGGAGACCUCGUGAUAAGUAUUGUAGGUUCCAUAAAGACCAUGGGCAUGCUACAGAGGAUUGCUUCGACCUUAAGGAUCAGAUUGAGACUCUGAUCCGAAGGGGGCACAUGCGAAAGUUUAUUGUGGGGAAUGACAGAACCGACAUUAACCCACUAAGAGCAGGCCGAGACAACCGCCCUCCUAAUCAACAACUAAUAGGAGAGAUCAGGGUCAUAGCCGGGGGGUGUGCAGGAAGUGGAGAAUCGAGCUCAGCCUGUAAGGCCUAUGCCAGGAGAAUGCGAAGCUCAUCUGAGGUGUGCAAAGUAGGAGUACAGAUUCAACAUCGAAAGAUGCCUCGUUUAGGUGAUCCAGUUAUUACAUUCUCAGAUGAAGACAUGAAGGAUGUGCAGCAACCUCAUGACGACCCUCUUGUCGUUACCAUGAUGAUCGCUAACUAUAAUACUUGGCAAAUCUUGGUAGAUAAUGGAAGUUCAGCUGAUAUCAUUUUUCUUAAUGCAUUCAGCAAGAUGAAGAUUGGUAAGGAGAAACUCAGACCUACUAGAUCACCAUUGGUGGGAUUCACGGGAAACAAGGUCUAUCCUCUAGGAGCGGUCAUCCUUCCUAUCACUGCAAGAACCAGCCCAAAACAAGUCACUGUCAUGGUAGACUUCCUGGUGGUGGAUUGUCCAUCUGCUUACAAUGUCAUCCUAGGAAGAGCGACCUUAAAUUCGAUGAAGGCCAUCACUUAG